AUGGACAAGACCCAAGCUGAAUUGAUUGUAUGCACUUCCAGCGACCGUGAAUUUAACGGUAACGGUGGCUUUGUGCUUGCUAAUACCUCUAUUCAGGAUGAGUAUUCGCAAUCGAUUGAGUCCUCAACAAUCUUAGCAAUCCUCUCGGAUUACGAUAUCUCCAAUCCCAGCGACCUGUCGCAAGCCCGACAGACACUCGACAUCCUUAAAGCUUCCGCUUCGACGGAGGAGAGUUCAGGAUUCGACCCCAGUGGUGCCAGCGGAAUCGAUUUUACGAACGAAAACCAGAGCUCGAGGGGUGAAGACUCAAGCACUAGCACCAGCCAGCGCAAGAGUCAGACCGAUAGCACCUCGGUCUCCCAGGAUCCGCAGACGCUCGAUUUGGAGGGGUUGGAUCUAGGAACAAGCAUCAGAGAUGAGAGCCCAGAAAAACCAUACCCGAGUGAGCUUGACGGCCUAGAUGAGGUGGGUAAGGAGAAGGCGCUGAUCGGCAUCUUUCCUGCACUCAAACCCUUCGAUAUUACAUGGACCCUGAGGAAGUGCAAAUGGGAUGCCGGCCAAGCUAUUGAUGAGUUGAUGACCCAGGCGUUUCUGGAGGAAAGUGGAAGCCGACACCGUGGCAUCGAAGCAUUCUCUGAGAGCGAGGUUGCGCCUCGGCAGCGGAAGGGCAAGGGCAAGAAGAAGCGGAAGGGGGGGGAGACAAGUAAUCCAACCAGUCCUGCUAGUCCCGUCGCGGAAUCUCCCGUGGAAAGUAAAUGGAAUCUGGGGAAGCAAGACAUCGACUUCCUCUCUGAGAAGACUGGGUUUCCUGUAAAGCAAAUCAGCUCCAUUUAUCACAACCAUGGAGGCUCUCUCCGCGCGUCGAUUGCAGCUAUCAUCCAGGCUCAUGCAGCUAUGGGAAUCGACAGCGAUGACCCAGUCAUAAAGAUAAACGCCUUUGAGCUUCGUGAAGAGUUUCCUUCGGUAUCGACUUCUGACUUGGAGACCCUGCUUCAGAUUACUCACCCCUCUGUAGCCGAUGCUCGGGAACUUCUCCAAGCACUAGCUGCCCCAACCACGAGCAGAAAGAAUUCGAUCCAAAUCGAAUUCCGACACGCUCCUAUACAGCUCGAACCGGCACCAAGACCUAAGCCCAAGCUACAGAGUGUAGUGUACCCAGACAGACCUCUCGACGUCGCCAGAUCAGCCCAAAUCACAGCCGAAUACUCCCAAGCACGGAACACCGCAUUCGCUCAAGCCCAGGCUGCAUACCGCAAAGGAAAAUCGAGCCCCCUCAUGGGGGGCGCCGCAGCCUACUACUCUCAAGUUGGCCGGGACCUCGACGCCAAAGUCAAGAUCGCAGCCAGCGCCGCCGCAGACGCCUUGGUCGCGAGCCAGAGCACACGCCUUGAGCUGGAUCUGCACGGGAUGAACGUCAAGGACGCGUUGAGGAUCAGCCGGGAGGCUGUCACGCGGUGGUGGCACGAGUCUAGCGAGGAGAGAAAAGCACACGGGAAGGGCGGCGCGGUGCCUGUCUAUAAGAUUGUGACGGGCGCGGGGAAUCAUAGCUCGGGGGGCCACGGGAAGUUGGGCCCGGCAGUGGGCAAGAUGUUGCUUCGUGAGGGCUGGAAUAUUCAGGUGGGGAGUAGGGGAAAUAACGGGUUCCUGCUAGUUACUGGUGUCGCGAAGAGGAGGUGA